AAGGGCGCGCUCGGAGCCGGAGCUGAGCCUGCUCUUACACCUGGCGGGGCGGGCGGAAGCGCAGCGCCAGGAGGCGGUGGCGGAGGGGGAGUGGACAGGCCACGUUUGGUUUUGUUUUGACUAUGGGGCGGGCAAGUGCCCGCCUCCAUGGCUGGGGUUGCGAGUGGAGAGCCCGGGCUGGAGCAUAGCUCCUUCCCUCCACCCCCAGAGCCACUAGGAAGAGGGAGAACCAGCCCCCUCCCUUCCUCCGCGCUCGCACUGGUGCUGACCCCGCAUGGCUGGGGAAAGAGGCGGAGGCUUUGCACCAGCCAGGCGGUGGCGGCGGGACAGCAGCGAGGAACAGCGCUUGCUUGCUCGUGCCAGUGCCUGCAGAGCGGGGCUCGCCGGGGACCUUGCAGCAGCAACCGCCCAGGCGGGGCGGAGGGGGUGUGACAGCCGCGAGCUCAGGCGUAGGAAAGCUGAGGGGCAGCAGCACCUCCCGCAGAGUCCUGCUCUGCCAGUGUAGCGGGGGGGGGGGGAAGCCGAGCAGGAUGCACGGUUAGGGGGUCCCCGCUCCACGGAUCAGCUGUGCCUGCCUAGGCCCCUCUGACUGCACCUGGGGGCCGUUCUCCCUUUGCCCAGGUCAGCGGCUGGAGGCUGUUCCGCAGCACGUUGCACCCCCCGGCUGCUGUCAGGGGACUUAGCAUGGAGAAGAAGGGCCAGGAUGAGCCGCUCUCUCACCCCUUGGAGCUGGAGCCGCAGCCGGAGCCUCAGCUCGCAGGGAGGGCGAUAGGGGAGAAGCGCUUCAAGUUGUGGUAUGUGGGUUGGUCCUGCCUGGACAGACGGACCACGCUGCCCAUGCUUCCUUGGCUGAUGGCCGAGAUCCGCAGGUGCAGCCAAAGGCAGGACCCUGGCGGACCCCUGGGUAGCUCGGUGCCCGCCCGGGAGGUGCUGCUGCUCCUGGGCUCCCCGAACCUCCGCUGCGUCCCCGCCACCUCCGGCGGCAGCCCGGGCAGCGCCAACCCGGCCGUUUUCAUCUUCGAGCACAAGGCGCAGCACAUCUCCCGCUUCAUCCACAACAGCCACGACCUCACCUACUUCGCCUACCUGAUCAAGGCGCAGCCCGACAAUCCCGAGUCGCUGGUGGCCUGCCACGUCUUCCGGGCCACUGACCCCAACCAGGUUCCUGAUGUGAUCAGCAGCAUAAGGCAAGUGUCCAAAGCAGCCCUGAAAGAGGAUGCCAAGCCUGGUAAGGAUAGUGAAGAUGCCUUCUACAAUUCCCAAAAAUUUGAGGUUUUGUACUGUGGAAAGGUGACUGUGGUCCAUAAGAAAGCCCCCUCCACUCUAAUUGAUGAGUGCAUUGAGAAAUUCAGUCUACAUGAGCGCCAGCGCCUGAAACUGUUGAGUGAGCAGCGGAGCACAGAUUCCAGUUCAGACUUAACCUUGUAUGAAGGAGACGUGCCAGCUUCUCUGUCAGAUAGUCCAUUUGAGGAGCUAGAUGGCACAAGCACCACCACCGGGAACACUGGGAUCCUUACAAUUGGAGGCCAGACCAACCUGGCUGGCACCCGUGUCUCCUUCCCCGAGCGAAUUUUGGAGGAUUCUGGCUUUGAUGAGCAGCAGGAAUUCCGCUCUCGGUGCAGCAGCGUCACUGCAGUUAUGCAAAGGAGGGUUCAUGAUACCAGCCUGAAAACACAGCCACGCAGGAGACAUGCAAGUGCACCCAGUCAUGUUCAACCCUCUGACUCUGAGAAGAACAGAACAAUGUUAUUUCAGAUUGGACGAUUUGAAAUUAACCUCAUCAGCCCAGACACCAAAUCUGUUGUGCUUGAAAAGAAUUUUAAAGAUAUAUCCUCAUGUUCUCAGGGUAUACAACAUGUUGAUCACUUUGGUUUUAUUUGUCGGGAAUCAGUUGAACCUGGGAUAAACCAGUAUGUUUGCUACGUGUUCCAGUGUGCAAGUGAAUCUUUGGUUGAUGAGGUAAUGCUUACCCUGAAACAAGCCUUUAGCACUGCUGCCGCUCUACAGAAUGCCAAGACUCAGAUUAAACUGUGUGAGGCCUGUCCUAUGCACUCAUUGCAUAAACUCUGUGAAAGAAUUGAAGGUCUUUACCCACCAAGAGCCAAACUUGUAAUUCAGAGACACCUGUCAUCACUUACUGAUAAUGAGCAAGCAGACAUUUUUGAGCGUGUUCAGAAAAUGAAGCCUGUCAGUGACCAGGAAGAAAAUGAGCUUGUGAUCUUACAUCUGCGACAGUUGUGUGAAACUAAACAAAAGACGCACGUCCAUAUUGGCGAGGCACCAUUGCAGAACAUUUCAAACAGUGCAAUCCCAGAAAACACUGCCAGCGGUGGCCGGUUUAAACUCGACGUUCUGAAAAACAAGGCCAAGAAAUCCUUGACUAGUUCUCUGGAAAAUAUCUUUUCAAGGGGAGCUAGCAGAAUGCGAGGCCGUCUGGGCAGCAUGGACAGCUUUGAACGGUGCAGCAGCCUUACUUCUGACAGGGACUGUUCACCCGGGGAUUCUCCUCCAGCCACUCCUCCAGCUUCCCCCGUGUCCUCGGUCUGGCAGCCAUUUCCCGAAGAGGACUCUGAUUCUCCUCAGUUUAGAAGGCGUGCGCAUACUUUCAGCCAUCCAACGUCCAAUGCCAAGAGGAGGAUUACUUUUCAGGACGGGAGGUCCCAGAGUGUUAAAUCUCCACUUCUGAGACAGAAUUCUGUAGAGCAGAGCAGUCCUGUGCCUGUAGCUCGACGCCGAUAUUGUAGUGAGAAUGGACUUCCCUCUUCCUUCUCUGCCCCCUCUUUCCUGAAAAGCUUUUACCAGAGCUCAGGCAGGCUGCUCCAGCAGUCAGAAAAUGACCUUUCCAAGAGUGAUGGGGAGGGAAGGAAAAGAACCUCGUCUGUCUGCAGCAACGAGUCUCUGAAUGCCAGUGGGGUCACUCUUACCCCCCGCCGCAUCUCCUGGCGGCAGCGAAUCUUCCUGCGGGUUGCUUCACCCAUGAACAAAUCUCCCUCAACAAUGCAGCAUCAAGAUGGGCUUGAGGGGAAUGAAUUGUUGCCACUGUCCCCUCUUGCUCCAGCCUUGGAGGAGGACCCUCUUUCUCUGAUAUUGCAAAAUGAGGAUGCCCCAGAUAAGGCUGGUGGGAGAAAAAAAUCGGAAGAGUUGCAGAGUCUGUGGAGAAAAGCUAUCCAUCAACAAAUCCUACUGCUUCGAAUGGAAAAAGAAAACCAGAAACUGGAAGAAGCAAGUAGAGAUGAACUCCAAUCAAGAAAAGCUAAAUUGGACUACCUUGAAGUUGGUACAUGUCAGAAAGAUGUCAUAAAUAUCUGGGAUAAGAAGUUAUUAAACUGCAGAGCCAAAAUCAGAUGUGACAUGGAGGAUAUUCAUACCACUCUGAAAGAAGGUGUACCAAAAAACCGUCGGGGAGAAAUUUGGCAAUUUCUAGCUGUACAACAUCGCGUAAGACAUAGACUGCCAAGCAAACAACAACCUCCUGACAUCUCCUACAAAGAACUCUUGAAGCAGCUGACAGCUCAGCAACAUGCUAUCCUUGUAGAUCUAGGCAGGACAUUCCCUACACACCCUUACUUCUCUACCCAACUGGGAGCAGGGCAGCUGUCACUCUUUAAUCUCCUGAAAGCUUAUUCUUUGCUGGACAAGGAAGUGGGUUAUUGCCAGGGUAUCAGCUUUGUGGCUGGAGUACUGCUUCUACACAUGAGUGAGGAGCAAGCCUUUGAAAUGCUGAAAUUCCUCAUGUAUGAUCUUGGCUUCCGUAAACAGUACAGGCCAGACAUGCUGUCCCUGCAGAUUCAGAUGUAUCAACUUUCAAGACUCCUCCAUGAUUAUCACAGAGACCUCUAUAAUCAUCUUGAAGAGAAUGAAAUCAGCCCCAGUCUUUAUGCUGCACCCUGGUUUCUCACAUUGUUUGCUUCUCAGUUUCCAUUAGGAUUUGUAGCCAGAGUUUUUGACAUUAUCUUUCUUCAAGGAACUGAAGUCAUAUUUAAGGUAGCUCUGAGUCUACUUAGCAGCCAAGAAGCACUUGUAAUGGAAUGUGAGAGUUUUGAGAAUAUUGUUGAUUUCCUUAAAGGCACUAUCCCAGACAUGACUAAGCUUCAAAUGGAAAAGAUUAUUACCCAGGUUUUUGAGAUGGAUAUUUCCAAACAACUUCAUGCCUAUGAAGUAGAGUACCAUGUACUACAGGAUGAGCUGCAGGAAGGUUUGAAUCCCUGUGAUGAUGGUGAACCUUUGGAGAAACUGGAGAGGGUCAACAGUCAGCUAAAGAGGCAAAAUAUGGACUUGCUGGAGAAGCUAGAGCUAGCUCAUGCUAAAAUUCAGAGUCUGGAAUCCAACCUGGAAAACCUGUUGUCUCGAGAGAACAAAAUGCGGAGCUUAAUCCAGUCUCUGGAACAAGAGAAGAUGGCAUAUCAAAAGACGAUUGAGCAAAUAAGUAAAUACGUGCCAGCAGAAGCACUGUCCGACUGCGAACUGCUCCUGAAGGAAGUAAAUGCCAACCCAAACAAUAGAACAAAGCAAGGAAAUAAGCCAUAAGUAAGAGUUGCAGGUGGUAGAAUUUCAGAUAUGAAGGGAAAGCAAAGAUAUAUGUGCUGCUAUAAAAACUCAGAAAGCAGCAGUAGUGGUUUGCCUAAAACCGGUGCUGGGACAUUCAUAGCAGCGGAUGGGCCUUGUCACUCUCAUUAUGCAAAUCCCAGGUUAUCAAAAUAGAUUUUUUUUAAAUGGU